AUGGCUAUUUUUCAGCUAUCAAGUAAUACUGCAUUAUUGCUGCUUGUUGUAACUGCAGUUACAACACACGCCAACUCUCCGCCGAGCUUUGUGGCAAUACCCGGCACAAACCCGACUAAAUAUUAUAAUAUGGACAGGGAUCGGUACAGCGAAGAUACGCCUGUCGGACCUGUUAUUUAUACAUUGAUUGCCAGUGAUCCAGACAAUGAUGCCAUAGUAUUUGGUAUUCAGACUGGCAGUGACUACUUUGGGGUGGCAAGUCAAAACAAUACACACGCUAGAAUCAAUCUCGUUAAACCGUUAGACUAUGAGACUGCAACACAACACCAAAUAAUAUGGACUCUGAAUGACGGCAAUAACAUCCCGGUUGAAACGGAUAUUACAAUUUAUGUUGUGGACGUCAAUGACAAUGCUCCGUUGUUUAUCGGAGCACCGUAUACAGUUGCAGUGACGGAAAAUGAACAUGCUGGGACAACAGUGUUGUCAUUUAACGUCACAGAUAUCGACAGUGGAGCUAACGGUCGUAUAACAUUGUCCAUGACUGAGAAAAAUAGCACUGGCGAUGUGUUUUCUUUGUCACAACAUGUGUCAUCUGAUGGAAGAACUAUUUUAGCCGAUAUUAUUAUGCUGAUGAAGCUGAAUUUUGAAGCUAGAGUCUUGUACGAGCUGUUGAUAGUUGUCAAGGAUGAUGGCAAAGACACGCAACUGACUAGUACUACCACGGCGACUAUAAAUGUAGUCGAUGUACAGGAUGAGCCGCCAUAUUGGAUUGGAGAACCUUACAUUGCGUUGGUAUAUGACACAACUCCAGUUAAUACAUCAAUAAUAACUGUAUUUGCAACAGACGGUGACGAAUCACAAAAAAGACCCGUGGAAUAUGAAUUCGUGGACGAUUCCUCAAGCAACAGUUCAGUCAAUGAUUUUUCUAUCAAUACAUUAACUGGUGAAAUAUUCCUGGUACGUCAAUUGAGCAAUAACAGUCUAGGAGAACGUCGCCUCAAAAUAAUGGCAAAUGAAAUUGAUGAAUCUCAAGAUUCAAAUGAUACAUCUUCGACAACCUACGUUGAAAUAACAAUUUUGCCCGGAGCACCGGAACACGAUGAAACAUCAGAUGACAUAUCUGCGUUUGUAGCUACCGCGAUAACCAUUCUUAUUGUAGGUGUUAUAGCUGUGGUUGUCAUGGCUCUAUGUGUAUAUCAUGCAAAAGAAAAUGUGUAA